CGAACCGUGACGAACGUCGAAGACUGCCAACUUGAACAGAAUAAGUAGGUCUUUGCGCAAUCUAUUAUCUAUACCGUCGACUUCAGUGCCUUGAACCGGCGCGUGCUUAAGCGCCCACACCUGCUAUCAAGUGGAGAGCAUUCAUAUCUACAAACAGCGAUUAUUGCUCGACGUCCAACGCCGGGUGCGCAAUGAGUCACUCCUUGACGCGUGCUCUCGUCGUGUUUUCGUGCGUUUUUUUUUCGCCUCCGUUUUCUGCCCAUCGUGGAGCCGAGAUUAUCAAAAGUACCGUCACGGUAAUGGAGGAUGCUUUUCAUACUCAAGCAAUUUGGAAUAUUCGAUACGAUAAGGCUCCAAGUCACUUACAUCACUCGUUGACUGCAUGUGACCGACAUGUGGCUCGAACAAGUUCCCGCCCGCCACUGGUACUAGCAUCGGAUGUCGAUAUUAAAUGUCGGUGCAAUGUGCUCAGUUCAGUCUACCUGGAAAAUGACAGAGUUCGUUUAAGUUUGAUAUCUAGCCUAGGUCUACGAAGUCUUUACACUUUCCGCAACAAUUCUUUCUAGGCUUGCCAGUGGUACCAACAUCAGUACGCGGGUGGCAUGCCUUGGUUCGGCAUGGCAUAGACGGGUCCUAAAUGAGCGCUUACUCCCACUUCGCAUAGAGCGCGUGUUCUUCUGUGCUCGGUGGAAAUGCAUG